GAGGGCAUCAGUGUGGUAGGAAGGCCUGAAAGUGGACUCGAACAAUGGAGGCAUCAGUGCUAAGCCCCACAUCCUGGGAAAAACGAAGGGCCUGGCUACGACAGAGUCGUAACUGGCAAACCCAGGUCCUGGAAGAGGAAGCAGCAGCUGCACUGCAGGAUGCACUGGAUCCUGAGCCUUCCAGCCUGGAUGAUGUUUUCCAGGAAGGGAAUCCAAUCAAUAAGAUUGAGGACUGGUUGCAGGGCUGUGGUUGUAGAGACACUGAAGAGGGACUUUCUGAAGAAACAGGGCAAUCUAACUACAGUGGGUACUCUAGCCAUGGGACAAGCUUUGAAGAUGACUUGAGUCUUGGAGCAGAGGCCACAUUACUGUCCACCAGUGGAAACCUCUUCUCUAGGAAUUUCCUCCAGACACCCAGACCUUGCCAGUUACUUGAUCUUGGCUCUAGUUUGGCUUCCAGCAGCAUGACUGGUGGGACCAACAAAACCAGUUCAAGCAUCUCAGAGAUUUUGGACCAGGUACAAGAAGAUGCAGAAGAUAUUCUUUUCAGCCUGGGCUUCGGCCACGAGGACCACAAAGACACAUCCCGUAUCCCUGCAAGAUUUUUCAGCAACCCUUCUCAGGCCAAGGGCAUUGACUUUCAGCUCUUCCUGAAGUCUCAGGUGCAAAGGAUGGAGAUGGAGGAUCCCUGCCUAAUGCUGGCCAGCCGGUUUAAGCAGGUUCAGACACUGGCUGUCACUGCUGAUGCUUUCUUCUGUCUCUACUCCUAUGUGUCUAAGACACCUGUCCAAAAGUUCACACCAUCCAAUGUGUUCUGGAAUUUUGACCCAACUGAUGUGCCAUCCAUCCGGAUUCUGGCUCCAGACGCUGAGCCCAACUCACCCAGAGAACGUCUCCGGAAAGCAAUCUCUAAAAUGUGCCUGUAUACAGGUUCCCGAGAUCGGCUGUCAUCAUCUUACAACAACCUCAAAAAGAACAGUUUGGACCAAAUUGUGUGGGAAGUGAUGGACAGAGUGAAAGGAGAAAAAAUAGGUCUCCAGCAAGACCCUGGGCAUAGACAAGCCCCUCAGGAAGAGUCUAUGCCCACAGUACAAAAUACAAAUCCAUCUACCUCUUCACUUCCAUGUGUUUUCUGCCCUAAAGAAGAAACAUGGGGAGACAUGUGCCAUGCUCACGCUCUGUUAAGAGCAGGUCCACAGUACCACAUAGACUCUACUCAGGUAAGGAGACAGCCGUGGGUUCUACAGAACAUUAAUGAGAAGCCACAUUCAGCCGAGAAUGAGAGGCCAUGGGGGAAAAAAAGCAAAGCAAGAAAGAACAUAUUUCAAAAGAUUCCCUUGGACAAGAAUAUUAAAUCAUUGAACUUGUCCAUCAUCCAGCAGAAACAAAAUCAAAGACAAGCCAGAGAUGAGCUGCAUCAAUCUUUAAGUCAGCAGCUUCAGGAUGCUUCUGAUUUGGAGCAGGACCAGCCUCAGCAUGGAGAAAGGUUCUGAGAGAAGGGGUGACUGGGAGCAGUGAAGAUAAAUGUCUUGAAGUCAAAUCGUGGAUCCAAGCAAAUGACCUGGGUUCUGCUUGAUACAACUUUUCCAGUCUGCUUCUCUCUAUGUUCUGCUUUCUCUCUGGAGAUUUCUCCAUCUAUAUUCUGCUUGCUUGCUAUUUCAAGUGAUAUCCCUAUCCAUAUUCUGCUUGCUUUCCUAAGAUAUCUCUCUGUCCAUUUCCUGCUUGCUUGUGUGCGUGUGCGUGUGCGUGUGCGUGUGUGUGUGCGUGUGCGUGCGCGUGUCUGUCUGUCUAUACAAAUACAGUGGGAUAAAGGUUUUGGUCUCAGUUGUCGUUUUUCCUCAUUAAUUAAUUUACAUCCUGAUAGUAGCCCCUCUCCUCCCAGUCCUCUCA